AGUUGGUAUGCUUUUUAGAUGUAUUCAGGGCCGAAGAUUGGGAUGUAAUCCUAUAUAUCCCUCCUUCAGCUAUCCCCACCAAGACGACGCUUAAAUUACAUAAAAUUACAAACACAAAACAUCCCUUAUUUAUAACAGAGGUUCUCUUUUCUCUUUUUUCCAACUGUCCCGUUCCCAGUCCCCUACUUGGUAAGGUUUAACGGGCAGCUAAACUUGAAAAUUUCAAUUUGGAAUUAGUUUGAAAUUUUCUUUCUCCAAUCGGUUUCUGAUCGGAUAAUUUUUUGUCCAGUUUUAGAAAUCGCACUUAAUCAAAGCUUAGAUUUUAUUAAAUUUACGUCAAUCCACUGUGUUUGAUCCAAUGAUUCGGUAAUCUUUAAUUAGUCAAACUGUAAAACCGGCUGUCACAAAAUAAAACAAUUCAUCAUCACUUUUUUCUCCAUUUUUAUUGAUCAUCAAACACCACUCAAAGCAUAACAUUCUUCCAAAGUGCAGCAAGAACACGCUUUGUAUCAAAGUAUUGACUCCGUGUUUGAUAUGACCGAUUGAUUAUUAAUUAAUUGCUAUCUUUUAUUUUUUGAAUCCGAAAGAUAAAUUCAAGUCUACAGGGAAUCAAUAACAAUAUUCGACCAAGUAAUGGAUUCGAACAGAGGGAAAUUUAAUUAAUUACGUUCGUUUACAAUUUUUUCUCCAAUAGAUGGACGGACCAGAUCGUCAAAGCAGCGCAAAUUUUCUUGCAUUAAUUUGACCACAAAUAAAUGUUUCAUUCUGAGACCUGAUGUGUUUAUUGUUACAAAUUGAAUGACUUUAUUGAAUUUUCGAUAUCAAUUUGCGCCGUUUUUUAUUGGAAACGUUUCAGAUUCAAUUUUCUAAUUAAAACCACAAACACAGCUACCAUCAUUUAUCAUCUACUGAACCAUCAUCGCUGCACGAUAUUACAAAUUAAGUAUUUGACGCGUUUAUCUAGUCUAUCGCGUAUACAGAAUUUGACUUAGAAUCAAAACAGUUGAUUUAUUUACUGCGUGCAAUAAAUUUGAAAAAGUAUUUAAUAACACUUACAGACGACUGAAAGUAUUAUUUUACAACAUUAACGACAACAUUCUGACUAUACUAUCACAGCCAGAGGGGCAAUAAUCAACGACAAGCACGUUUUAUGAGCUGCGAAGGUUCAAAAGAGCUCAGAACCUGUCUUAAACCCAUCGCAACAGAAGUAGAAACCUUUGUUUUAUCAAAUCAAAAUCUCCUUACAAGCAGGCUUAUCGGCGCCAAUUCUCCCAUUAUUGAUUUUACUACGCAAUGAAAAGUAAAAAAUUUGCUUAUAAAGCGUAGAGAAUUACCUGUUUAUGAUUGCAUUAGAGUAUUCUUGGUUAUUUACUUCAUCCAACGUAGCUUUAGCUUCAGCUUGUUUAUUUUGUUAGUCGCGCUGGUCAUUUAUUUCACCAGACAUAAUAAAAAGUGGAUUGAUAAAGAAAAAAAGAUGGCGUCCUCGGAGACCAUAAAAUCAGUUCUGCUCAAUGUUUCCAACUUGUCGGCAGCUUCAAAUGCAUCGGAAGAUUAUGAAUUUGACCAUUGGUACGAAAACAACAACAGCGCGUUUGUCAUUGUCCUCGAAACACUGCUCUACAUUAUACUCUCAUUGGUCAUUAGCUGCAGCUCGAUUCUGGUCAUACUUGUAGUAUGGAACACCAGCGCCCUUCACACCCCGCCAGGCUUCCUCAUGGUCAUCAUGUCCAUCUGUGACCUUCUACUGUCGGUCAUACUAGCCAUGUCCACUGUGAAUGUGAUCCAAAGACGGUCAAUGUACCCCGACUAUGUGAACAUAGCACUGGCAAUUAUGUUUGCGACCUUUCAAAACGGAAACGCUAUGGCCCUCAUGGUGUCGGCCAUAGAUCAGCUGAUUUCGAUUUUGAAGCCCCUCCAGUACCCCUCAAUCUCCACCCCAAAGAGAAUUUUGACAGUGUUCAUUACGAUGAUGCUUAUCAGCGUUCUGUUUGUGGUGUUCCUGACAUUUAUGGCGUACAAGUACUCACUCGAGCAAGAAGCAUUAGGAGAACCGAAAGCGAGUGUGUUGUUCUACGAUGACAUGACUCACUUGCAGUUCGUGAUCUGUUACGAGGAACUGACCCAGAACCUGGCCAUGUCCUUCUUCGUCAUCCCGGGCGCAGUGGUCCUCGUCUGCUAUGGAAUCAUAUUCGCCAUCGUCGUCAAACAACGACAGGAAAUCAGAAGAAUGCAGAGCCAGUUGGCGGCCAUGAACAACCGGAGGGGCUCGGUGGGGGGCGGCAUGCAGAUUCUGUCGCACAUCAAAGCGUGUCAGAUGCUGUUCAUCGUCACCCUAAUUUACUUCCUCGGGUUCCUUCCAUACAUGCUCAUGGACCGAUACAUCAACCACGAACUCGAAAAACAACAUCCAAACUUACCCCCCAUGUGGUCUUACAAGUUAUCAACUUGGUUAAUAAUAGUGCAAAGUUUACUAAACUGUGCAAUUUUCUACAAGAUGAACAAAACAUUCAAGCAGGGCUUGCAAAAACUACUCCGACAGUUUCCACCAACCAAUUUUUUGUUUUCCAAUCUGCGAAGCGACGGCACCACCAUGAUGACGUCAGUUAAUGGACACUUUCCCAGUUUUUCCAACUCGCAGCGACAUCAGAGUUUGCUGACCGGUGGCACGCCAAGGCCGAGUGUCCAAAUCACGAAUAACGACGAAAUCAACCCGAGAAGUAUGACAAUGUGUUGAAAGCUACCACAUAAUGCUGUGCAGAAACACACAAAGCAUGAAAUUUUGUAACAGCACCUGUAAAUUUUGAAGCGGAACACCAAACAUGUGUUCAUAGGCUUUAUUCUUCCAAGCUCCUUAAAUGCGGAGACUUAUUUUCCAAAACUCUUUGCAGCUAAAUAAUGUCCCUUUACUUGGUUCAUCAAAAUCCAUAACAAUUCUGCUGAUUAUAAAUUCACGCCUUUGUGAAAUUAUUUUGACCAAAACCAUCUGCCAUAUCAAAGUGCUGCUCAAUUUUUUGCCAAAAUUACAAUUUGCAAUUUUUUCGCACCUUCUAGUUCACGAUUUUGAACCUUCAAGUCUGCAAUAUUCUAUAUAUGCAAGGUAACGUCUCUUUAAUUACACCCCCCCCCCCUCACUAUUCCCCCAACUGUGAAGGGAAGAUUUUUUCACUAGCUCAAUGAUGUGCGCUAGCCGGUGAAAUAGUUUUUCAUAAGGGAUGCUCGUUAAUUCAUACAAGGUGGCCAAGUUUCGAAAGGAGAUGAUUAAAGAGAUCCGAAAUGCAUAUUUCCACAUUACUCGACUUAAAUAAUAGUGAAGUAAAAGUUAAAUAGUAAAAAAUAUACUGUUGAUUUACUUUAUCUCAAAUGAAUUUCGAUAAAUUUUAGUACCCACAGUUUUAGUUUGUAUUUCAAUCCUUUGCGGGGGGUGGUAACCUGUAGAUUUAGAUAUUUUUAUAUCUCUCAAUUUUGUCUCUGUAGUUCUCGCUAACUUAGAUGAGAUUCUUUGGAGCUAUUUUGAAGUUUUCAUGCUGGCUAAACUGAAAUCCGCUGCCAAUUCUGUCCCCGAGGUCCUAAAUACAAUUAAAACCACCUUAUUUAAACUGGUAUUCUUUGCAUGUGAAACAUUUUUCAACACCGCAGGGAGAAAAGAUUGGCGUCUAUCUAACUUAGCGCAGAGUAAUUUAUUGAAUUUUUUGUGAUUGGAAAAAAGAUACAGGUACCUAAUUUAAGACUAGAUUUUCUCAAUCAAUUACCUGAAAAGUAAUAAAGUUUACUAAUUCAAUUCAAAUAACAAGUCAGU